AUGGCGGUUUUGGGUGCAAUUCUUGAGCAUGGAUUGCAACGAGUUUUACCUUUACUUCACUCAUCGUUUUUCACCGGCAACUCGGACGAUUCGCUCACCGAUGCGGCAACACUGAGGAUUUUGGCGGAGAAUAUUCGAUAUUAUGACGCCGUUCAACGAGUGUCGCUGAAACAAGCAGCCGAAUCGAUCGAGAGUUUCCUCCAAUUGAUCUCUUACUCAUCAGCUCUGGUAUCAAAACUGAGUCUUGACGUCGAUCGAUGGAUUGAAAUCCUCAAAGAAGUCCCGCCAAGUAUGACAAGGGAAAAGAUUGCAGCGCCGAUUGCAAAAUCAAAAGUUCGGAAGAGAAAGGAACAAAGACUAAAUCGUUUCCACCUGGUUGAGGAAGAGUCCGAGCAACGGGAGAAUCAAAUGCAAACAUCUUUGCCACCUUUUUAUCCAACCGAACUUAAAACGUAUAAUUUGGUGGAUGAUUCUUUUACCGACGACGAGAACUUCAUCGAAAUCAAUAUGGCUACAGUUUGGGAGCGGAAAAUUGUCAAUUUCUAUAUGAAAGCCUACAACACUACCAAAAUCGAGCGCUUCUCUAAAGCCGACAUUCUCGUUUUCGCGUUAACGAUUUUGACGGGAGCACAGGAAAUCCUCGGAUUCGCAGCUUUUUUUGCGCACAUGAUCGCCCGAAUCACUCGAGUCCAGAAUGGGAGUUGGAUUCAGAAAAUGAUCAUUGAAAAUGUUAUCGAGAAGAUAGAACAGCUAACGGAAAUCUCUGGCCUCUUGAUCCAAGCGGCUUUCUAUGAUGAGGAGUUCGAACUCGCCGACUCGUCGCUCACAAAUCCGCUCGAUUAUUUACGCCUUCUGGAUGCAUUACUUUUGUGCUUCGACCAAGAGAUCCCAAUCUCGCUCGACUUGAUCAAAAAUCUCGUUGUAAACUGGGAUUUAUAUGAGCGAAUGCUUAGCGGUGAGUCACCUCCAUAUGCUGAGACAGCGGCAACGCUUCUCUCGCGAUGUUCACCAUCACAAAGAGAUUCUCCAUUGAUGAAAGAAACAAUCUCCCAAAUCUUGAAAGAGCUCGAGAAAAAGGAAUUGCUUUUUCGAGACGUUUGGCUUUUCAUCAGUGAAAGCGAAGAGACGGAAACGGUGACGAGUUUCAUCGAAAAACUCUCGAUCAUUCUUUGCCAACUUCCAUCAACAUCGUUCAAUGAUCCACACCAAAUUUUGACAAGAAUCAGCAAACAGUGUAUCGAAUGGGCAAGACAUCCAAAUGAAGAAGAAACGGGUGAAAAAGGAAACGAUGAAGUGAGACGGUGGGCUCGCUUGAUUACUUCAACAAUCAAUUGUCAACUCUUGUCUUUGGAGUCAUCGGCCAACCAGAAACAGCUUCAAAUUCUCAAACGAGUGAUCACUGUCGGAAACUUUGAACGAGUUCAUUUACCGCUUAUUGAAGAGAUUACGGCUUUAUUGCUGCAAGUGAUCGAGGAGAUUUUGCGUUUAAAAGAUCUUUCGAUCGAUUCGACAACAUGCGUCUCGGCGUUGGCCACUUCUCUUUGUAAACUCUUCGCCACCGUUUCGCAGCCGCAACAUUUCAAGAGACUCAUCAAUGUCGUUGUCAAUUCGUUGAAUACUCCAUUGGUGAACCAAGUCCUUCUUCAACUGCUCGAGCUGAUCGCGAAAGAGACUCCACAGUACACUCUAUGCUUUCCAAUCAAAAGCAUUCAAAAUCAAUAUUAUGCUGCAAAGAUGACCUUCGAGCGCUUUCCGAUCACAAUUUUUGAGGGUUUAACGAUCUCGACAUGGAUUUCUCCAAUGAUUGAAAAAGAUCAAAAAGUGAGAUCGCACGUGGUUUCUUUGAUUUGUGACAGUUUUGUUCAAUGUUCGAUCAUUCUUCUUUCCCGUAAUUCAUAUCUUGUCGAAGUCAAAUCGAAAAAUGAUCUAUUGGCGAAAAAAACUCUACGUCUGAGUGAUUCGAAUGAAGAGAGUUGUGGGUUUCAACACGUUUCUCUUGGGAUGAGUUUUGUGGCAACUGGUGGCGCUCAUUUGAAAGUUCAAGUGACCGUUGGAUCAGCUUUCUAUUCAACUGAUGUCUCGACUUUGCCAAAGAUCUCGAGUGAUCAAAACCGAGAUCAAAUCAGCGUCAUCUAUGGCUCGUCAAUGUUGGAGAGUGAAACGAGUGAAACUCUUUUCGAGCUCACUAAUAUCUUUGGCUUUAAAGGCGUUCUCAGUCCCUCCUCACUCUUCACUCUUCAUGCUUUGGGUCCCUCAUUGAGGUCUCUUUGCUCGGCUGCAUCAACGAAAAUCCGGAUUUGUUCGGCAAAGAUUCUCAGUCCCAGUUUGCUACGACGACAUCAUACUAGACCCUACAUUGAAUCGGUGCUUGCUGAACCUCAGCGUUUCAUCACAGCGCUUCAGCGAAGCGUUCAUUUCUUCAUGCCAUGCGAGACUCCGAAUAUCUUUCAAUUUGUCGGCCGAUCAGCUAAUGUGCAAGAGACUGACAAGUGGGCGUUGAACAAGCGAAUUCUUCUACCGAUUUCCUAUUCAAUGAAAAUGGUGGCCACACAGCGGAUAACACUUGAUGAGAGUUUGGAAGUGGCUGGAGGAUUUGCUGUGUUUACUUCAAUCUAUGCCCUGGCUGUCGACCAUUGUGCUCGUGGGAUCGGCGAUUCAAGCACUCAAUUGAUCGCUCUUCGUCUCCUCCUUCAAUACUCCAGAAGAUGGAUAGUUCAAAUGUGUGGAGAGUUUCCAUCGAUGAAAGAUUUACUUUCAAGGAUUCUUUUUGCUGGUUCUUUUUCGAAUCCAAUCGAUCGGCGUCCAAUAAUUCCCAGAGCUUAUCCAGAAGAUGAAGAAGACGCUAAAGCUGAAGAGCGAGAUCCAAUGAAUAUUUCCGAUAUUUUCAUCAAUCAUUGCUAUCGUCGAUCCGUUGACGGAGAAUCAUCGUUUAUCGUGCUUGAUCCAGAGCUUUUGAUCUCUUUGAUUGAACGACCAUCUUUAUGGACUGGAGAACACAAAAUUCGAUUUUGGGUGAAUAUCAUGAAAAGUAUUAGCGACUCGUUUGAAGAUUCCCAAUUUUCCGAUUUCAAUAUGAUUCAAUGGAAAAAUGUCAAUUUACUUCAUCGAUUGUUAUUGGUACUACACGAGCUUACAUCAAUGUCAUUCUGUUGCCAAACUUGUUCCUCAAUUUUCUCCGAAGGAGUCACGGAGAUCGUCCCAAAAAUCACUGAUCUACUGAUUGGAGAUCAAGUCCAAAUUGAAGCCGUGAAAUCUCUAUGGACUUUUAUUCUACAUUCACAUCCGCCAGAGAAAACGUUCAUCAAGAACACAAUUACAUCCUACCAUGACUGGUUGAGAACAGAUUUUCCCACGAACAGCGAAGAAUUCCCGUAUCCGGUGCAUUCGACCGAUUUGUGUGAGGCGCUUCGUCGAUACUAUGAUGAGCUUUGCACACCAUCGGAGAAUCGAAUCAAAGUGCAAUGGGAAAAGGGAAUGGAUGUGAUUGAGUUGAGGCGUUUGUAUCAUGCACAUCAUCCUGUCACUGAUUCAGAGGACGACUCAUUAAGUAGCCAAUCGAUGCCAUCAAGUUUGCAGCCACAAUUCGUUGAGUCACCCGGAGUCAACCUCUUGAGAGCAGCCUUAAUCGAACAGCUCGUAUCGGUGCUACGUUGUGGACCGGAUCAGUUGAUCUUCGGCGUGCUGCAUGACGUCAUCGGCUGGCAAUCAAUCGUUGUCCUUCUCAAUCGUCAAACAAAUCCUCAUAUUCUCUCAGCGGUGAUGAGACUUGUUGAAUGCUUUUUGCAUCGUUCCCCCGAUUUCACCAAAGCAAUGUUCAUCAAAUUUUGCGGUGGACUCUUGAUCGCGAAUCAGUUGAGAGGGAUGGGAAUGACCGAGAAAAUUGCCGAUGCUGCUUUUGGGAUCAUGUUGGGAGAGCCUGUCCUCAUCUCUCAUGGUCUCGAUGGAGAGCUUCUAUCUCGGUUGACGGUGAAUCAACUCAACUGCGAUGCUACGCAUAUUGUGUUAGCCGUUCUUUCUGGAUCCACGCAUCUUUUGCCGCUUUUUGCGAGAAUUACAAACUCAAUCGGAAAAGUAUUCGAGUACAACUCUCAACUCCAAGCCGCUUUCAUCGAUAGUGGGAUUAUCGAUGUGAUGGUUGAUUGCUUGAGACAAAUAGCAAUCUCAAAAGACUACGAUGAAGAGUUUCGCUCAGCGAUGAGAGACAUUUGGAAAACGUUAGCUCAAAAGAUUCUCGAAGCUGGAGUUCUUUACAGUGAUGAGCGUGUUUUCAAAGGAUGUCGGCGUUUCGUGAUCCUCACUUGUCUUUUGGAUCAUCGAAUGGGGCACGAUUGGCAAAAAGCGCUUGAAGAAGAUUCCGAUUCUCUUGCCACUUUUGAAGCUCAUCAGGCUUUUAUUGAGGUGAGGCGAUGCCUUUGCACAGUGCUCAACGAGUGGAUUCAACGCUUUUGGAGUCUGAAGAAAGAUUCGAUGAAAUCGGCGAGUGCACCAUCAAGUCAAGAAUCUUUAAAUGAUGAUUGGUCAGUCGUUGACGGAGAUCUAAAUCCUCAAAUGAAAUCAUCGGAUCCGAUGUCGGAUGUGAUUGAGGACGAUUCAGUGACACCAUCAAGAGCCACACUGCUCGAUGGAACUUCUCCAAUGGCGGCUUUUGUCGAGGGUCAAUUCGCGGAUAUUCGACAAAGAAUGACAAAACUUGGAAUUGUAGCGAAAAACAUUCUGAAAACAAAGUACAAGAAACGAGAGAAACCAGCCGGAUUGGCGCAUCCGAAUCGGAUCAGUGAGCGAGUGAUUUUUGGAUUGGACACUUGUUUGGCUUUAUUUUCUUUCUUCGAGAUGAUGGAUGUGGAGACAAGAGAAGAAGUUGUUUUGCUUCGAAAUUUCUUGACCUUACUCAUCAGUGCUUUUUCAGCAGAAGGUUCAAUGAGAGAAAUGUGGAAAUCGUGUACAGCAAAUGCGAAUUCGAAAGCGAAAAAAACUCUCUCCCAGCUUGCGGCUUUUGUCGUUUAUCCAUCACUUGAAUAUCGAAAUCGUUGGCUUGGUGGAUCAGGACCAGAAAGGAACCCAGAAAGAUGGAUGUUCCAGAAAAGAGCUCUCGUUUUGUCAGCACUUGUUCGCGAUCUCAGUGACUCUCGCGGAUCUUUGAGAAGUCUCCUCAGAGCCUCAAUGGAUGACACAUACACGAUGUGCUUGGGUGUGAUCGAUUUGGCUUUAUUGAGUGGAUCACCGUUGGAAACAGUUGGAGAGGAUUGCUCGGCCAUUCAAGCCGCAAUCAAGAACCUCAACGAGGAUUCGCCUUUUGAUUUCUUCAGGGAAUCGAGGGGAGAAGCCCUCAAAUCCUUUGCCGACAACGAGAAACUUGCCGCAUUCAACUAUGAGAACGAGCGCAGCAAAAUGAUCACUUCUCUCAAAUUGGAGGCCGAAUCGAUUCGAAAUGCGGACUCGGAGAUCAGCUCGGCUUUGGCCACGGUGGCCAUGAAAUUGACAACGGAAGUGGUUGAGCAAACGACUUCCUCAAGAAAGGCUUUAAUCGAAGCACCAAGAGAAUUGAUUCGAAAUUUGCAUACAGCUGAGGAUCAGAUUUUGCAAUUUGAGUCUCGUCUAUUCCACCCAUUGGCUCCACUGCACAAUGCAUCGAAUUGGCCGAAUGGGUAUCAACUUGAUCAAAUCGAGGGACCGAAUCGAGAAAGGAAAAGAAUGAUCCCAACUGAUUAUGAGGUCGACUCAAAACACUUCAACGAGUCACCUGGCUCAUCGAACUUGCGACCAAAUUUUGAGGCGAUUAUGGCAUCUGGUUCGUUCAGAAGGAGAAAAGACGAGUUGACCGUGAUCGAUUCGUACAAAUAUCAUUGUGACGUGAUCGAGGUUCGGGCUCACUUGGAGUGUGAGGGUGAUCUGGUUGUUGCUGAAAAGCAUGUGCAUUUGUUGCCGAGAAAGACGCGAACAACUCAUAAACAAAUCCCACUUCCACAAGCUGACGGUUUUCGUAUUCCCUAUACCCAAAUCACAGAGAUUUGGGAAAGAAAAUUUCUACUCCGAGACAUUGCUUUCGAAAUUUUCGUUAAAGAUGGCCCGGCCCGGUUGAUCGUUUUUGAGAAUACAAAGGUUCGAUCAACUUUCCAAGAAUGGUUAACGCUAAUCGGUUUCGCACACGUUUUCCCCGAUCCAAAGAAAACCCUCCAAAUCGCGACCGAACAAUGGCGACAUGGAGUGAUGAAUAAUUUUGGAUAUUUGAUGUUAUUGAACAAAAUCGCCGGCCGAACAUACAAUGAUUUAAUGCAAUAUCCCGUUUUCCCGUUCAUUCUCUCACAGUACACGAUGCCGUCGCUGGAUUUGGCGAACUCAAACAAUUACAGAAAUCUUUCUCGCCCGAUGGCCAUUCAAGAUCAGACAAAAGUGGCCUACUACGCGAAACAGUAUGCUCAAUUGGAGGAAGCUGAUCUUGGGGAUUCCCUAAAACAUGGACCAUAUCAUUACGGUAGCCAUUACAGCAACAGCGGAAUCGUCUCCCAUUUCCUUGUCCGAUUGAUGCCUUUCACAAAGUUGGCACUCGAAUAUCAGGAUGGCCGUUUUGAUCUACCCGAUCGCCUCUUCAAUAGUAUCGAGUCGGUUUGGCGCUUAUCGAGCAGUGAGAGUACCACUGACUUCAAAGAAUUGAUUCCCGAGUUUUUCUAUCAACCGGAAUUCCUGCAAAACCUUCAUCACUUAAACCUCGGAGUUCGCCAAAAUUGGGAUCAAGUAAACGACGUGAUGUUACCGCCGUGGGCACCACCAAAAGGAUAUCGACUAUUUACCCUAAUCAAUAGACAAGCUCUUGAAUCUUCGUACGUUGUGUCGAACCUCCAUCACUGGAUCGAUUUGAUUUUUGGCUUCAAACAAUCGGGCAAAGCGGCAAAAGAAGCAAUGAACGUGUUUCAUCCAUUGACUCACGUGGCGAACAUUGCUCAGGCGGAUAUGGGCGAUGAGGUUGACCGCGGCGCGAGAGCGACAAUCAUUCGAACAUAUGGUCAAAUGCCCACUCAACUCUUUAGCGCACCUCAUCAACCGCAUUUAACGCCAAGCGAGCAAUGGGGCGAGAACAUCAACGGGAUUCCCUGUUCAACUGUCGAAAACAUUAGAUGGGGUGAAUAUGUGGGAAGUCCAAAUCUCGGUUCAUGUGUCGCCUUUUGGAAGCAUCGAGCGUCAAGAGAUCGAGUCUCUUCAUUGACUCUUUUACCGGAUGGAAUGGUGAUGGGAGCUGCCAAUAAUAUGGUGAUCGCAUUGGGAACGGCGAAAGAGUUGAAAGCUGCUCUGGUAGUGGGAAUCUUUUGCUUGCCGACUCCAUCAUCGGGACUGAUUCGUUUUCGGGUUCACAUGGUUGAUAAACACGUUGAUCCACACAAAGCCUGGGUGAAUGCGAUUGAUAUUGGCGGGAGAACGGUGACAGCGAUGGCUUACUCGAACUUUGGCCUACUUUUCAUUGGUUUCUCUAGUGGAGUGAUCUCUGUUUAUGAAGUUGAUUUCGAUGAAGAGGGUCUUCACUCAGUCGCUCUUCGAGGUCAACUCUUGGCUCAUUCAAGUGCAAUUCACACGAUUUGUGUCUGCGAUGAGUACUCGUCUGUGGUCACCGGUUGUUCAUCGGGACAAGUGGUACUCUGGGAUCGGAAUGGAUUGAGCUUCAUUCGACUCAUUACGAAAGCGAAAGCGUUGAGCGCUUUAUUGAUGAAUCGAGUUUCCGGAGACAUCGCCAUUGUCACGCCAACGAAUAUUGGAAGUCGAAUUCAACUUUAUACAAUAAAUGGAGAUCUUGUUAAUUCGUUAGAUUUGGAUUGCAUUGUGACAUCGGUUUUGAUGACAGAGUUGCCCGAGGGCACUGCGGUGAACGCUCUGUAUUGUGGGUGCUCGGAUGGGACGAUAAGACUGCUCGAUCUUUGGGGCGUUCGUCAAUUUGGGACACUUUGCGGAGUCACGGGAAGUGCUGGUGAGAUU